UGGACCAGCACUACUUGAAUUGCAACAGAUCUCUCUCUCUCUCUCUCUCUCUCUCUCUCUCUCUCUCUCAUCUCUAUCUUCUCUUCUCCCCCACCAACCUCUUGAUCUCUGCAACAAUGGAGGCAAGAGAAGCUUCAUUCAUGCUGUUUCUAACCCUCAUCUUUCUCAUUUUUCUACGAUUUGCUGAAUCCCUUGUGCCACCACAAGAAGUGGAAACUGUCGAAAACAUUCUUGCUGACAUGAAUGCAACAAACUGGAGAUUUAAUGGUGAAAAUUGCAUGCUUGAUAUGAUUUCUCAAGUUCCAAGGCCAACUCAAGAAGCUAAUGCAACCAUCACAUGCGAAUGCAACAUUGGAACCGAUACAAGUUGUCAUGUCGUAAGCUUCAUACACAAAUGGUAUAGUCUUGACGGGAUACUUUCGCCCGAAUUGGCAAAACUUCCUUACCUUCGAUCCUUUGAUGUUGCUUAUAAUUUCUUACAAGGCACAAUACCGCGUGAAUGGGGUUCAUCACAGAUGGAAGAAAUAUUGAUUCUUGGAAACCGUAUCACCGGAGAAAUCCCACCGGAACUAGGCAAUCUCACUAGUCUUAGAAAUCUGGACCUUGAAGCAAACUAUCUCUCAGGAACUAUUCCACCACAAUUAGGGAGAUUAAUCAAUUUGAGAUCUUUGAUCUUGUCUUCGAACCAGUUCACAGGGAGACUGACACCGGCGCUUGGUCAACUAGUAAAUCUUAGAAAUUUUAGGAUAAACGAUUGCAACUUCAGUGGGCCGAUACCUGAUUUUAUACAGAAUUGGAGACAACUUAAUAGAUUACACAUGGUGGCUAGUGGACUCACGGGGCCGAUUCCCUUAAACAUAUCUCUUCUCGACAGCCUAAAUGAUCUGAGAAUUAGUGACAUAAGUGGUCCACCUCAACUAUUUCCUCCCCUUAACAGAACCACGACGUUAACAAGAUUGAUCUUGAGAAAUUGCAACCUUUUUGGGGAAAUACCGGAUUACAUAUGGCAAUUGAGAGAUCUCACAUUGUUGGACGCAAGUUUUAACAAUUUAGUAGGGAGAAUAUCCAACAAUAUCCUUCAGAGGAGCAUACGAUAUGUAUUUCUAACUGGCAACAUGCUAAGCGGAGACAUACCAAAUAAUCUGUUGGAAGUUAAUGGGGCUGCAAUUGAUCUUUCCUACAACAAUUUUACAUGGCAAGAACCUAAUCAACCCUCAUGCGAACAAAACAGCGAUAGAUUGGUAAACUUGUUCAGAAGCUCUUCAACCGGAAACUCGAUACAGGAUGUGCGUCCAUGCUCUGAAGAUAUCAAGUGUCAUAGAUAUGCAUGUUCGUUACACAUUAAUUGUGGCGGGGAUGAUGUGACGAUUAGAGAAAACGAACGGUCAGUUGUUUACAAAGGAGAUGCUAUUGUGGAUGGUGGUGUAGCAAAUUUAUAUGAUAGUGGCAAGAAUUGGGGAUUUAGUAGUACCGGAGACUUCAUGGAUGAUGCUAUUUUCACAAACAUUGGAUAUAUAGAAUCUUUAGAGGAGAUCAAAUUUACCAAUGAUAGCACGUAUAGAAGUCAUGGUCGGCGGAUAUUUGAUAUUUAUAUUCAGGGGCAGCUUGUUAGAAGGAAUUUUAAUAUUGAAGACGAGGCAGGUAGGGUUUCAGUUCCGCUGGUUGUAUCGUUCAAUGCAAGUGUGACCGAUAACAUUUUAGAGAUACAGUUUUAUUGGGCGGGUAAAGGGACGACCCGUUUUCCUACAAGAGGAGUCUAUGGACCUCUUAUUUCGGCUAUUGAUGUUGACCCAUACUUUAAAAUUUGUUCAACUGGUGGAAAAAAGACAAACAAAACGGUUUUUAUUGGUGUCGCGAUUGCGGUUGCGGUUCCGUGUUUUGUAUUGUUAAUCUUGUUCAUUUUAUGGCGGAGAAAAUGUUUUAAAAGACAAAGAACAAACGACAAAGAUUUUGAAGGAAUGUCGUUGAAAACGAUUUCGUUUUCGUAUAAACAACUUAAAUCAGCUACAGACAACUUUAGCAUUUCUAACAAAAUCGGUGAAGGAGGUUUUGGGCCGGUUUACAAGGGUACAUUGAGUGAUGGCACUUUGAUUGCAGUGAAGAAGCUUUCGGCUCAAUCAAGGCAAGGAAACCGAGAAUUCUUGAAUGAGAUUGGUGUGAUUUCAUGCUUACAACAUCCGAAUCUUGUUAAACUCCAUGGAUGUUGCAUUGAAGGAGAUCAAUUGUUGCUUGUUUAUGAGUACAUGGAAAAUAAUAGCCUUGCAAGCGCAUUGUUUGAGUCGAGUAAAAGUCGAUUAAUGCUGGAUUGGGCAACGAGGUUUAAGAUAUGUAUUGGGAUUGCUCGAGGUUUAGCUUUUCUUCAUGAGGAAUCAAGGAUCAAAAUUGUGCAUCGAGACAUCAAAGCAACAAACAUUUUGCUUGAUAAAGAUCUGAGCCCUAAAAUAUCAGAUUUUGGAUUGGCAAGGCUACACGAGGACGAGAAGACACAUGUUAGCACCAGAGUUGCAGGAACAAUAGGAUACAUGGCACCUGAGUAUGCACUCUGGGGUUACUUGAGUGAUAAAGCAGAUGUUUACAGCUUCGGAGUUCUGGCGUUAGAAAUCGUCAGCGGCAAGAAUAUCAACAGUUACAUUCCAACAAACGAUUGCAUUUGUCUUCUAGAUUGGGCUUGUCGAUUGGAAACGAGUAAACACUACGAAGAGCUUUUUGAUGAAAGAUUGGAGUCGAGAAUCAACAAAGAAGAAGCGGAAACGGUGGUGAAAGUAGCGCUUUUGUGCACCAACAGUUCUUCGUCGAUGAGGCCGACGAUAACGGAGGUGGUAAAUAUGCUCGACGGGAAAACUUGUGUACCGGAGAUAAUCCCGGAGGCAAGCGGUUACUCUGAAGAUCUAAGAUUCAAAGCCAUGAGAGACUUCCGACAUGAGAUGAAUGGUCAAAAUAGUUCCAUCGGUGGUCAAACUCAGACUACUGACACGAUUCCAACAGAAAAUGGUUUGAAAACAUGA